AUGGGCAGCAAGGAGCGGGCGCGCGUCCUCCGGGUGCCGCCGCCCUUCCUCUCCCCCGACGGGGCGGCCGGAGAGCGCGGGGAGCAGCCUGGCGGAGGUCCCCGGACGGAGGGAGGAGGCGGCGGCGGCCCCAGGAAGAGGAAGCGGACCACCUUCAGUCGGGGCCAGUUGAGCGAGCUGGAGCGCGUCUUCGCCGCCCUGCCCUACCCGGACAUCGGGACGCGCGAGCGCCUGGCCGAGCUCACGCAGCUGCCCGAGGCCAAGAUCCAGGUCUGGUUCCAGAACCGCCGCGCCCGCAGGAUCAAGAGCAGCGCCGAGCCCCGCCGGGCUCAGGCUGGCAGCAAGCCCGAUGGGCAGCCGGGACCGCCCCCUCGGUGGCCGGGGAGCUCCCUCCGAGAAGAGGAAGAGGCCGCGGCGUGGUCCGCCCUGUCGGGGCGCUGGGACGCCUUUCCUCCGCCUCGCACCUCCCUGGGGACCAUCUCGGACCUCAUCUACAGCGCCGCCCUGGUGGCCAACUUCGGGGACCUCUAGACGCCCGCGUGGGCGCACCGCCGAGGAAGAUCUGGCUCUGGGUGAGAGGUGGAUGGAGGCCUGGCUGGUUGGGAGCUGGAAGCAGCAACAGGGGAAGGCUAGAGCAGAGUUGCUCCUC